AUGAAAAAACUUAUAAAACACAACAAACAAGCACUCGAAAACCUGGAAUUCGCGUUGAGAGCUCUUCCCCACGUCAUCUACUGCCGUGUCUAUCGUUGGCCUGAUCUACAAUCGCAUCAUGAGCUGAAAGCCAUUGAAGACUGCAGAUUUUGCUAUGAAUCCGGUCAAAAAGACAUUUGCAUUAAUCCAUAUCACUACAAAAGAGUCCACGCAGCUGGAGUGUUACCACCUGUUUUGGUUCCCAGAUAUUCUGAGAAACCGCCACAAGAGGUGCCACCGACACUUGCCAAAUUUCAGUUGAUGGAGAUGAGCGGGUCGAAAAUGCCACAGAAUGUCAAUAUGGCAAACGUGAAUUUUACGAAUGAGGCGAUCAUAUUGAGAUGUGGAGUCAGCGUUCCGUGUUUAACAGCCUCCUCGAGAAGUCGAUUAGAGUUGUUCUAA